GCUACGGGCUCCGGCGGCUGGGGAAACGGUGUCGGUAACGGGCUCGGUAACGGGGGCUCCACUGUCCCUGAGGCGGCGGUGACGGCCCUGACCGCCGGCAUGGCCGCGGAGCUCGGCGGCGGCGGGGAGCCAGUUCAGAGGCUAAAUGUGGCAUUUGAACAGUAUGAAAUGGAUGAAAUUUUGAGCAACACUGCUGAGCAGAAAAAUGUCCUUGGAGGUGAUGGUAUAUCCGGAUCCAGGAUAAUGGAUCAAAGCUUAUUACCUCUAAUUGUAGAGUAUGAUAAACACCUGGAAGAGAUGAGGGAGCAGCUGCAGAUUUAUCAGGUACAGAUGGGUGAGAUGAGACUAAAAUUUGAGCAAGUCACCAAGGAAAAUGAAAGGCUUCAUGCAGAGUUGAAAGAGGUUCUUGAGACACAACUGGAGGCUCUUCCUUUCAUGCCUCUGGGAACUGAUCUUCCUGCAGAUGAAAGAAUAGUGAGAAACCUUCAAGAACAAGUACAACUGUCAAAUCAAGAAAAAGAACAAGCAAUAGAGCUCUGGCAGACUGUAUCACAGGAGCUGGAUCGCCUUCGGCAGCAGUACCAGGAACGCAUGACUGAAACGCAAAUCCACGUGGCUGAAAGACAAAGGCAGAAAGAUCAGCUGACUAGCUUCCACCAGCUGACUCAGCAACUGCAUGCAGCCAAUGAGAAAAUAGAGUUGAGCAAUCAACAGUUUCUACAAACUGUAACAGAACAGAAUGUGGAACUAGAGCAGCUACGGAAGCAACUGAGGCAAGCCAAAAUAGAUGGACGGACAGCAAGUGCUAAGAUUGAUGAAAUGACCAGAUUGACAGAGAAGCUUCAAGGCCAAUUGGAGAGAAAGGAAGAAGACGUGUUAUCUGCCCAGCAAAGAGAAGCAGCAUCUGACAAACACUUGCAGCAAAUGCAGUCUAGUAUAAAACAAUUAGAAACAAGAUUACGUGUUACUGUCCAAGAUGCUGAACAGCUGAGAACAGAAAGAACAGCCCUGGAAAAACAAAUCAGAGAGCUUCAGACAAAGUGUGCUAAUUUAGAAAGGGAGAAGUACGAUGCAGUUGCAAAAGUCCAAGAUUGCGUACAGCUCUUAGAAGAAGCUAACCUACAAAAAAGUCAGGCACUGUUUGGGGAGAAACAAAAGGAAGAGGAAAUAGAAAAGAUGAAAAAUGAAAUGUCUCAGCUUGCAGAAGACACUGCUGCAAGAAUUAGGAAGGCAGUAGACUCUGCAAAGAAACAAUAUAAUGUACAGAUUUCUCGACUAACAGAAGAACUUUCAGCUCUCCAAAUGGAAUGCGGUGAAAAACAGAGUCAAAUUGAACGAGCCGUUAGAGAAAAGCGAACAGUGGAAGAAGAACUUGAAAAAAUUUACAGGGAAGACAGAGUACAUGAAUCUGACAAUAGAAGACUAGAGCAACUGCAUCAGAAGUAUCUACUUGCAGAAACUACAAAAGGUGACCUUCAGCUUAGUCUACAAACAACACAAAAUAAACUGAAACAGCUGGAAAUGAACUCUGAGGAAGAGAAAUCUCGUUGCCAGGAAAUGAUCUGUAAGUUGCAAAGCAUUCUGGAUUCAGAAAGAGAAAAGAGUGGUUUUGUCAGUGAACAAAGGUUAAAACUUCAGCAAGAGAACGAACAAUUGCAAAAAGAAAUGGAAGGCCUGAGAAAACUAGCCAUAGAGUCUCAAAAAAAAGCUAAAAUAAAGAUAAGCACAAUGGAGCAUGAGCAUGCUGUGAAAAAACAUGGAUAUGAAGUUCGACUGAAAGAAUUGGAAGACACCAGUCAAAAGUCUACCGCUGAACUUAGACGUCUGUUGGUAGCUCAGCAAAAAGCAACAAACCGAUGGAAAGAAGAAACAAAAAGUCUUAGUGAAACUGCAGAAGCCAGGAUCAGUAAGCUAAAAAGUGAGCUGAGUCAACAAAAACUUCGUACCCAGGAGCUCAUUUCUCAGCUGGAAAUGGCAAAUGAAAAGGUAAUUGAGAAUGAAAAAUUAAUGAUGGAAUAUCAAGAAUACAUCAAUAGGCUUCAAAGGCGACUAAGCCAGGCAGAACAGAGGGCAGCGACUGCAUCACAAAAGCUCAGCGUCGUAACUUCACAGAAGAAAAAAGCUGCUUCACUAAAGGAACUGGAAAACAUUUAAAAAGAUGUAUUGUUCAUUGACACCAUGUUGGAGUUAAGAAGAUUGCUGGAGAAAUCUUGUAUUGGAGCACUAAAAGCAAAUGCAUAGCAAGGCUUGUAAAACUUUGUAUAAACAUUUUCUGUUUUACUCAGGUAAGAAGGAAGGGUAGAUGAAGAUUCUGUCUCUGUGUGAGUAGUAAAGAUAGGAAGAAGACUACAAAAUGAUGUAAUUAAAGUCCUUUAAUGUAGCAGAUGAAACAAUCUGAUACAAUGCUGUGGCAUUGGUUUUGGUCAUAAAAAAAAAAAAAAUACCAGCUAUGUCCAACUACAGAAUUGUUUACAGGGAAUAGAUGUCAUUACACUGAAAUUCUGAAGCGGCUUUGUUUGCAUUCUGUUGAUACCUAUUUUGGGGGGUUUUGGUAGUGCAGUAACUUAGGAACAUUUUGAAAAUCUUUUAAGAGUUGUACUAAGACACCUGUUACAUCAUGAAUGUCAAACAGUUGCUGUUUGUAUGGUGGGUGUUGUAACUGGGAAAUGCCUCCAUUGCCUUCCAUUUUUAAGAAUUCACUUCAGUUUGUUGUGAUGUCCCUGGGAAACAGUUAAUAAAUAAAGUUAUUUAUUUACAGUUAUUCUUAGAGCUAGUUUUUAAGGACCAUAAUCUUUCUUCAGUUGUGCUUUUUUUUUUUUUUUCCCCUCUCCCCUAAUUACAACUUUGCAAUCGUUCCUUGCUUUUGUGUUGAUGUGCUGUCCUGGGCUGUCUAGGAACUUCAGUUCUCUGGUACUUGAAUUUGCACAAUGGUGGUCAUCCAGCUUUUAUGCACUUUUACACAGUGUGUUUGAAUCCUACAGAUGCCAGUACAUGCCGGUCCUAUUGUGUACAAGUUUUUCUUUGACAGAUGAGAAACUUCAUACAUAUUAUCCUCAAAUUCUAGUUGAACUCUGUUUUCUCUUUCAGCGUAUAUUACAAAUGUGAUACGUGUAACUAAUUUUGAAGUGCUGUCAUUUUGAACUGAAGUAAUUUAGUUUCUUGUCAUCCCUCUUAAAUGUGAAGAGUGUGA